CUCUCACUCACAUAAAUUAUAUGCAAUGAAAAAUCAAUGGACUGUCUGAAAUUUUGAAACUUAGAAUUCGCCAGCCACCAUUCAUGACUUCCAAGUUUUUUUCUGACGGGGAUUUUCACAAUAUUGGUUAGCUUAAUAAGAGUCAAGAAUUCAUGAUGAUGGCAAGAGGUAGAUCUCACUGAAGGAUGAUGACAGUGUCACGCCAAGUCGUCAAAGUAGAAAAAUGGUGAGGGCGGCUUAUAGCAAUAAUAUUAGAUUAUUCUCAUAUUUGGUCAAUUCCUUAGGAUUUUAGUCUAUGACUCUAUUGAUCAGUAUAGUAUCUUAUCACAGAGAUAUUUGUUGAUUCGUUUAAUCAGCACGGUGAUCUUAUAUCUGUAAUGCCACAAAUUAGAGAGGAUGCAUGAUAUGACAAAAUGCAGUUUUUUUAUGUCUCUGUUGCUAUGCAUUUUCAAUAGCAGAACUUGCUCCUCCAAUGGGAGUGAGACCCUUUCAGUGGGUCAGUCUCUAUCUGUAACUCAGAGUUUAAUUUCUGAAGGUAGAACUUUCGAACUGGGAUUCUUCAGGCCAGGUGCUUCUCAAAACAUUUACCUCGGAAUAUGGUAUAAGAAUUUUGCGGAUAAGAUUAUUGCUUGUGUGGCAAAUAGGGAGAGUCCUUUAAAUCCAGCUUCUUUGAAGCUUGAAUUAUCUCCUGAUGGCAAUUUAGUCCUGCUUACUAAUUUCACGGAAACAGUUUGGCCAACAGCUCUUAUAUCUCCAAUUCUGAAUUCUACGGAAGCUAUACUUCUUGAUGAUGGAAACUUUGUCAUAAGAGAUGUGUCAAAUACAUCUAUUACAUAUUGGCAGAGUUUCGGUAACCCAACCGACACAUGGCUCCCUGGAGGAAAGCUUGGGAUCGAUAAACAAACCGGGGAAGUGCAGCGGCUUAUUUCAUGGAAAAACGCAGAAGAUCCAGCACCGGGUAUGUUCCCGGUUGGGAUUUACCCAAACGGAAGUAUUCAAUAUUUCAUAGAGGGGAACAGGUCUCGUAGGCAUUGGAGCAGUGGAGUUUGGAACGGGCAAGGAUUUACUGCCAUUCCUGAAAUGAGAGUGAAUAUUUACAAUUUCAGUGUCAUAUAUCGAAUGAAAAUGAAAGCUAUUUCACAUAUUCUUUGUCCAAUACUUCGAUACUUUCAAGAUUUGUGAUGGAUAGUUCAGGAAAGAUGAUGCAAUGGUUAUGGCUGGCUGGUUCCUCGCAAUGAUUUUUGUAUGGUCCCAACCGGCAGACCAAGCUGAUGUUUAUGCUGCAUGUGGGGGCUUUUGGCGUGUUCAGUGAAAGUACAACGAGCCCUUGUAAAUGCAUAAAAGGUUUUAACAUUUGGACAAAAUGAUUGGUCAAGCGGUUGUGUUUGGGAAUCCUCUUUGCAGGGUCAAAAUAAUGAAGGUAAUGAAAAGAAAGAUGAAUUCCUAAAGAUGUCGAAUCUUACAUUACCAAUAAAUUCAAAAGCACAUGAAGCAGCUAAUGCUACAAGAUGUGAGCUGGAUUGCUUGGGAAGUUGCUCUUGCACGGCUUUCGCCUAUAAUAAUAGUGGGUGUUUCGUAUGGGAAGGAGAUCUUGUAAACUUACAACAGCAAGCUGCGGCAGGUGUUUGUUGGGCUGGAGCUGAUAUUUACAGCAAACUUGCCGCUGCUGAGCUUCAAGUUGAGAAGGGUGCUGGAAAAGGGAACAAAAGG